AUGUCGUACUUUACAUCUACUGAUGAGUCGGACAUGGAAAGUCAGGGAUCUGACUAUUCCUUUUCCAAACGCCAUCGUAAAGGUCGAAAGUAUGGACAAGUUAUUGAUUCUGAUGCAACCAACGCUAACGACAUUUUAAACAUUUUACGCUCUAGAAUUGCCUUUCUAUCAGGAGGAGUUGACAAACGAGGUGGACCAGUUAUAACCUUUCCAGCGCAAGCAAGAACGCAGCAGGAGAUCUCUAUUACCGAAUUAACAUCAACUAUUUUAUAUCUAUCUAAAAUUCCAAGUGACGAUUCAAGGCGUCAUGGAUUUACAGUCAUUAUUGAUGUACGUGGUAGAACAAGCAAGUUAUUAAAGCCUAUCCUUCGAUCCUUACAGUUUACCGAUAGUCGCAAUAACAAAGUAAUAUUAGUUGCGAUUGGCAGGAAAUCAUUUUAUCGUAUAGCUAAUGCCUUAACUGAACUGAUUAUGUAG